CACGCCUACGGUGCUCUGCAAUUGGUCGAGAAAGCGUAAAAUGGGCAAUCAGCACGGCUCGACUCAUUAGUGAGGGGGGAAAGCGGAGAGGAGGGGACAGAGUGUGAGGGCAAGAAGGCAAAGGACGAAUCCUCACACAGCUGCCAGGCGCCAAAGAGCUUCCGACUCGCACCGGUUCUUCGCUCAUUUCAUCGCUUCUUGUCGUGGCUUCGCGUUGUGUUUUUAUCCCUCUGCGUUACUGAAAGCGAAACACAGAGAGAAAGAGAGGAGGAGGAAACUGGCGAGGAGCUGAAGUGUGAAGGCUGCUGCUCUUCACUGACGGAUGUUACCGCACCGCUUUACUGGAGCAUCACAGUCCGGAGUUACAGCCUACAAGUUCUUUUAACUCUUGCCUUGUGGGAACGUGAACACUUUCAUCCUUGGCAGGAAUGAUUUAGAAAAAAAAAUCAACAGUUUUAAUCAGCUAAGAAGACGAUUUUUUGUUGGUUUUGUAUUUAUUUUUAUUUUUUUUACGUUCUUAUUACUUUCCUGGAUCUACACGCACCACUUGUAUUCUAUUUUUCUUCUUGAUUUUUUUUGUAUUUCAAUUUUCUUGAUUUACCGGACACGCGCGUCUCCCCACCGCCCGCUCUCCCCCGUUAUUUAUUUAUCAUCACUGUUUUAACUUAAUUAUUUUUUCCUUUUCUGUGGAUGCCCCGAUGAGAGACCCGCUGCUCGCGGGCACCGCCAUGGCGUACCAUCCUCCGUUCCCCGCGCAUCGGCCUGCAGACUUCCCCGUGUCCGCAUUCCUGGCCGCGGCGCAGCCCUCCUUCUUCCCCGCGCUCGCGCUGCCGCCGGCGCUCGCCAAGCCCCUGGCCGAAUCCUCGCUGUCCGGCGCCGCGGAGGCCGCCUUCCAUCCAGCGCUGCACGGACACCAUCACCACCAUCACGGACACCACCAGCAGCACCUCCGCUCCCUCAAGAGCCUCGAGCCCGAGGAGGAGGUGGAGGACGACCCUAAAGUCAACCUGGAGGCCAUGGAGCUGUGGGACCAGUUCCACAAGAUAGGCACUGAGAUGGUCAUCACCAAAUCGGGCAGGAGGAUGUUCCCCCCGUACAAAGUGCGCGUGAACGGCCUGGACAAGAAGGCCAAAUACAUUCUGCUGAUGGACAUCGUGGCCGCCGACGACUGCCGUUACAAGUUCCACAACUCCCGCUGGAUGGUUGCCGGCAAGGCUGACCCCGAGAUGCCCAAGCGCAUGUACAUCCACCCGGACAGCCCUGCCACAGGCGAGCAGUGGAUGGCCAAGCCCGUCACCUUCCACAAGCUCAAACUGACCAACAACAUUUCGGACAAGCAUGGCUUCACCAUCCUAAAUUCAAUGCACAAAUACCAGCCCAGGUUUCAUAUUGUGAGAGCCAACGACAUCCUGAAGCUUCCCUACAGCACCUUCAGGACAUACGUGUUCCCGGAGACUGAUUUCAUAGCAGUCACUGCAUAUCAGAACGACAAGAUCACACAACUGAAAAUCGACAACAACCCCUUUGCCAAAGGAUUCAGAGACACAGGAAAUGGCAGAAGGGAAAAAAGGAAGCAGUUAACUCUUCCUUCUCUGCGCCUUUACGACGAGCAGUGCAAGGCAGACCGAGAUGGGGCAGAGUCAGACACCUCAUCUUGCGAACAAAAUGCUGGGACAGAGUCCCUCCACUCUCCUCUAGGGGCAGUUAGCCCCCUGAAAUUCAACAGGAGCAGUCGAGAUGACAAAAAUUGCACUGAAAGUGAUCAAGAACUUGACCAGCAGGAGGAAAUGUCUGUGGGAGUGAGCAGCCCAGGUCUGCAGCCAGCUUCUCCAUUCAGGGCAAACAGCGAGGAACGUAUCAAGGACAGGCCAAGCCUGGACAAGAAAGCAGACUGCCUUGACUCCAAGCAGGAGGGCGAGCCUGCUUUCAGUCUUAAGGAAAAAGACAAAUCGGAUGGCAAAAAUCACAAAGAACCAGAGUCCUCCAAGAAAGAGUUGGACAGUGCGGGCCUAAGUAGGACCAAAGAUGGCUUUUCUCCGCUGAUGGUCCAGACGGACAGCCCGUCACAUUUUAGUGCUGGUCAUUUGCAGAGCCUGGCCCUGUCCGGUUUACACAGCCAGCACUUCUUUAACCCUCUGACCACGGGGCAACCACUGCUUUUUCACCCGAGCCAAUUCGCAAUGACCCCCGGCGCUUUCUCCACCAUGGGCAUGGGACACUUGUUGGCGUCCAUGUCAGGGGCUGGUGCACUGGAAAACGGAGGCCUAUCACCUCAAGGCGCAGGCGCAGCCAGUACAUUCCCGUUCCACUUAUCGCAACACAUGCUUGCAUCUCAGGGUAUCUCCAUGCCACCAUUUGGGGGCUUGCUGCCAUAUCCAUAUACCUAUAUGGCGGCUGCAGCAGCAGCUGCAGCAGCCUCGUCUCUCCCGGCGGCCAGCGGUGUGGCCUCGCCCCUCAGCAGGAACCCUUUCCUGACCAGUGCCCGACAACGACUGCGAUUUAACCCUUAUCAGAUCCCUCAGAGCCCCAGCUUGCUCACUACAGGACUUUCAAGCACUCUCAAUGCAGACUCUGGGUCCUCCAAAUCUGGCAGCAGGGAGAGCAGCCCAGCAGGAGAGACCCACAGCCACAGAGCCAGCAGCAGCCAGAAGACAGGCUCACCCAAAUCAUCCACAAAAGACUCCAUAAAUGAACUGCAGAAUAUACAAAGACUGGUCAGUGGACUGGAAAAACAGAGGGACAUGUCCCCGGGCAGAGAGUCUCCCAAGUGACCGAUUAGGAAAGUCCACUUGUGUGCAGGUUUUAAAACAGGCAAAUCACAGUGUUUGCAAAAUUGAAAACAAAAAUUAGAUCUGCUUCUAAGAAAGCUGAGAGAAAUAGGCUUACUGUUGGCCUACAGAUCUGAAACCUGGAGAAAAUAUCCAUCAGAUUGCUCCAUUUUUGAAUAACCUGGAUGAGGCUCAAAAAAAGGCUUAAACUGGUUUAACCCUGCGUGGAAGGAAAGAUGGCAAAUUUGACGACGAAGGAGAAUUUUGCUCGCUAAAACACAACCCUUACCCUGAGUCAGCAGAGUCUGAACUGGCUGGACUCUGCUUGUCCCCAUUACCUUACAAAAAGGGACUUGGUGCUCCCAUGAAAACAAAUCUACAGCAUUAGUGAAAGGUCCAUAUUUACAAUGCUUGUGUCUGGGACCUGUUUUUAUUGCUAAUUAUUUAUAUAUAAAAAAAAAUUAAAAUAGACAAAAAAAACAUUCAAAAUAACUAUGUAAAUAAGCUGAAUGGAUCUAAGGAGAUGCAUCUUAAUUUAUUCGAACUGUACAUUGGUGUGUAAAUACUAUUUAGGUUUCAAUUUGUUACCUUUAUAUUUUUCCCCAUUUACAUGACUGUAUAUGAAUAUUAUCUAGCGCUUGUUCGUAUGAAACUGAAUGUGAUUGGAUGUUUUUUUGUGAUGCAUUGCUGUUAGCCAGGAGAAGGUUAAAGGAAAGGGCGUGCCACCACAAAAUCGCAAAGUCUCGCUUUUCUGCUCCAUUUCGUACAUAUGCAGCGUUGCAAAGUUGAAGUACAGCGAUGCACUCUAGGCAGGGAAAACUCAGGUUUCUUUUUAUUUUUUAUUUGAAUCUGUUCCGGCGGGGGAAAUCGUGUUUUAAUCAGCUCCUGGGACAGACCUAGCUGUUUGAACAUACUCCCCGGACUGGAUAUUCGGGUAAAAAAGAGCACGGGGUGUUUUUUGUUGCGUUCUUUACAUUUCAAUAAACGAAGGAAGCGUUGCACACUG